AUUCCACGCAGUCGCGAGGUUCGUCAAUCUUGGCUAACGACAAUUUGGACAACUUUAUAUGCAUGUAUAUUCUCUAUACCUCUUGUGUGGAAACACCGACCAGAUGUGAUCAUAAGCAACGGUCCUGGAACCUGUAUUCCAGUUUCUUUAAUUGCCUUUGCUUUCAAGGUUAUGGGAAUACAUAACUGUGUUAUUGUUUAUGUAGAAAGCGUAUGCAGAGUUACAACACUCUCCCUUUCAGGAAAAAUCAUAUAUUACUUUGCUGACUAUCUUUUCGUGCAGUGGCCAGAAUUGAAGGAGAAAUAUUCAAAAUCUAUCUACGUUGGUAGAUUCUCUUAA